UGCGCCGCCACCCCCCCCUCCCGCCCCCCCGCCCCGGCCCUGCCCCAGCUCGGGGCUCUCUACAAAUCCAAGCUGCUCCCGGUGGAGGAAUUUUACGGCUUCUCCUCCUUCCACUCCCCGGCCCUGCACGACGCCGAUUUCGAGGCCAAGCCCAUGGUGCUGGUGAUGGGGCAAUACUCGAGUGGGAAAACUUCUUUCAUCCAAUAUUUGCUGGAGCAAGAAAUUCCCGGGGCCAGGGUGGGGCCCGAGCCAACCACGGACUCGUUCGUGGCCGUGAUGCACGGGGAGAACGAGGGGAUAACGCCGGGGAACGCGCUGGUGGUGGAUCCCAAAAAACCCUUCAGGCAUCUGGGGCAGUUUGGGAAUGGAUUCCUCAACAGGUUCGUCUGUGCCACCCUGAAUAAUCAAGUUUUGGAAAGCAUCACCCUGAUCGACACCCCCGGGAUUCUGGCGGGGGCAAAGCAGAGGGUCUGCAGGGGUUACGACUUCCCAGCCGUGCUGCGCUGGUUCGCCGAGCGCGUCGACCUCAUCAUCCUCCUCUUCGACGCCCACAAAUUGGAGAUCUCCGACGAGUUCUCGGCGGCGCUGGCGGCGCUGCGGGGCCACGAGGACAAAAUCCGCGUGGUGCUCAACAAGGCGGACGCCGUGGGGGCCCAGCAGCUCAUGAGGGUCUACGGGGCCCUGCUCUGGGUUCUGGGGAAGGUGGUGGACACGCCCGAGGUGCUGCGGGUUUUCAUCGGCUCCUUCUGGGCGCGGCCGCUGCUGAGCGCGGAGAACCGGCGGCUCUUCGAGCUGGAGGAGCAGGAUCUGUUCCGCGAGAUCCAGGAGCUGCCGCGCAACGCCGCGCGCCGCAAGCUCAACGAUCUGGUCAAGAGGGCCAGGCUGGUUAAGGUUCACGCCCUGAUCCUGUCGCGGCUGCAGCAGGAGCUGCCGGCGCUGCUGGGGCGCCGCGGGCGCCGCAAACGCCUGAUCCAGCGGCUGCCGGCGCUGCUGGGCCGGAUCCAGAGCGAGCACCAGAUCCCGCCGGGGGAUCUGCCCGACUGCGCACGGCUCCAGGAACACCUCCUAACCCGCGACCUCUCCCGUUUACCCGGCCCCAAACGGCGCCUCCUGGCCGGCCUGGACGAGCUGCUGAGCCGGGAUUUACCGGCCCUGAGCCCUCAACUGGCCCAGGAGGAGCCGCCGGGGCCGGGCGUGCGCGGCGGAGCCUUCGACGGCGCCCUGGGCCCGUUCGGCGUCGAUUCUGAUGAAGAAGAAGACAACGAAGAAGACGAAGAUGAGUGGGUGGUGAUGAAGGACAAGGCCAAAUACGACGAGAUUUUCUACGGCUUGGCGCCCAACGGGGGGAAGUUGAGCGGGAAGAGAGCCAAGGGUUGGAUGGUGGCCAGCAACUUGCCCAGCUCGGUUUUGGGGAGGAUUUGGCAGCUCAGCGACGUGGACAGGGACGGGAUGUUGGACCACGAGGAGUUCGCCUUGGCCGGGCACCUGAUCGGGGCUAAGCUGGAGGGGAGGGGGUUGCCGGCGGAUCUGCCGCCGCGCCUGGUGCCGCCCUCCAAGAGGAGGCACAAGGGGUCGGCGGAGUGA